CAGUUGGACAAAUGCUGCUGGUGUUUCACUGGUAAACUUCCACAACAGCUGUUAGUCAGACUGGAUGUCUGAAAGAUGAGACGUGGAUAUGAGCAGACUUGUAGUUUGGCCAACACCCUUCCCAGCAAAUGCCAUGCAUUGAUUUAUGUCACUGCCCACAUUGUAAAUAACGCUGUGGAUGUAUUUGAUAUGACUUUUUUAUUCCUACACGAUCCGUGCCGCCAGUGAUCACUAUCGGCGACGGUCUUUAUGGACUGAUGCUAUUGUGCUGUCCUCUUCCAGAGGUGUAACGGUGUGUGGCUGCUGAGAUUCUGAAAGACCGUGAGCACAUUGACUCCUGUACCACACCGUUUCCCACUUUUGCUGAUCGAUGGAUUUUCUAAGCAUGUGCAGAGGAAAGCUGGACCCGGCAUGAGACUGUACAGACUGGGGAUGUGUGUCAGAAGGAACGCAGGAGGAAUUGUGAGUGGAAGUGUGGAAGACGUUGUGCAGAAUGUUACAAGCUUAAAGUCGACAAGAGAGAGAAUUACAAGCCUUUGCUGUGAGAAAAUGGUAUUUUCUCCUCUCUGAGACCAACUGCUGAAUGGGAAUUGGCUCUCCACGCAUCAAAUUACUAUUUGAAUUGAGAACUUCUUCCCUGUGCACUGUGGGAUAUCCGCCUUGCACACUUGGCCACCUGCAAGUUACACUCAUUCUUUUGGAGUCCCCUUAUCUUGGAUUCCCUGUUGCUGUGGUUUUUAUUUGUUCUAACUCUAGCGCUCUCAGAGGUCUCUUGCAGGAGGAAACUCUUCUUAUUUGAAGUAGAAAAUUGUCAACUGAGAGUUUACAACAAAUACAAACACCCGAUCGCAGUUUUGGGUCAGACAACCCCUUUAGUCUCAGUGUAUCUGCGUUUGUCUCGCCGAAUGCAAGUGUGGAUCCCUUGUCAGCCCGUGUGCUCGAAGGAAAAGAAAAACAAACAGAUCAGCCAAUCAAAGUGCAUUUGGAGACUGACUUCCUAUUGCCGUGGCGAUGGGGAGCUCAGCCUCGUCUCUCACCGCAGAGACAGAGUCGGACCAUGGCUUCCGCAGCACCCCGUACCCGUCGUCACCCCCUGUGGGCUGGCUCAGGAACAGCCACAGCAGCCCGGUGUGGGGCACCACCUUCAUCACCCGUCAGCAGCAGCACCCGCUGCCUCAGCGAGAGCGCAGCCACUCUCACUCUCCUGGCUCCAUGGCAGCAACGGUACGAGGCAGUGAGUGGUCAUGUGGACGCUGCACCUUCUUGAAUGCCGGCGCAGCACCUCGCUGCUCCAUCUGUGAGGCGCCGCGCCAGAAACCCGACCUUAACCAGAUCCUUCGGCUGAGCAGCACCGAGGAGCACCGCUGGGCCUGUCCCCGCUGUACGCUCAACAACCCUCAGGGAUCUGGAGCCUGCUCAGUCUGCGGCUUUGGACCGUCCCCUGUCACUCACACCCCCCCCACAACCACCAUAGCUGCCACUGCCAACGGCCUCCCGUCCGCCCCGGCCGAACCCCCGACACCCGCCGUCAACCCGCCCGUUCUGCUUGAGCCCCAUGGACAGCAUCCAGCCAAGGAGGAAGUGCUGCGACGGUCAGAGAGCAACGGAGAGGUGUAUGGCCUGGAGGUGCAGCACUCGGGCUGGGCGUGCCCACGCUGCACGCUUCACAACACGCCGGUUGCACUGUCAUGCUCAGCCUGUGGUGGGCCCAGGAAACUGUCUUUGCCGAAAAUCCCCCCUGAGGCACUGGUGGUACCUGAAGUGCGCACUCCUGUGCUGGGGUUUCCUGUUCACACAGCAGGGGCUACCCCGCUACUUAUAGACCUAACGGAUGACUCUCCUCCCGCCCCUCCCUGUGAUCCUCAAGAACCUCCCCAUGUCUCCUCGCAGUCUCUUUCCUCCCCUUUUACUUCAUUCUCCUCCCUCCAAAACAACCCAGUGCCUCGCAGCAGGAGAGAGGUGCCCCCUCCCGGACGACCACCGAACCCGGGAACCAACACUCCUAGCCCCACGUCCCCUUCAGCAGCCACUGUGCCACCCCAGCCAGGCCCACAGCGGCCAGCCAAGCCCAAACAUGCCCAACCCCAGGAACCUGCAUACCCCAGCAAGCGCCUCAGUAUCUUGGAGGAAGAAGAUCCCCAGUACCACCCUCUGAACCCCCACCUCCCUGUUGCUUCCCCAGCCGCCCACACCUGGAAGUGCCCUAGCUGCUCGUUGCCCAACCCAGGGAGUUCAUCGAAGUGCGACACCUGCCGCUCAUCGCGGGCCGGCGCUGACCUCAUUGACCUGGUAGGCUGCGAGACGGUACGAUUUACCCCAGCCAGCCCCUCCAGUCCGGACUUUAGCACCUGGGCCUGCUCCAAGUGCACGCUGCGCAACCCCACGGGUGCACCCAAGUGCUCGGCCUGUGGUUCUUCCAAGCUGCAUGGCUUUCAGGAGCAGCAGGUGGCCCUGCCCCGCUGCUGUACACACUGUAGCACUGCGUCGUGCUCCUGUACACCCUCCUCAUCCUCCUCGGGUCAUAAAUCAAGGAAACAGGCCCGGGGCUACCCUUCCUCCUCUUCUGCUAUUGCUUCAUCUAGUUCCUCUUCCUCCUCCAUCUCGUCUAGCCUUCAGGAGAAGGUAGGACAGUGGAGUUGCCCAGCGUGUACGCUGCUCAAUGACAUCAAGGCCAAGAACUGUGCAGCAUGCCACACACCGCAGCAGUACCUCACCCUUCGCAAGGUGGUUAAGCCUCUCAAGAGGCGGGAGAGCAUGCAUGUAGAGGCCCGUCGACGAAAUGAUGAGGGCGAGGCCAAGGAGCUUUUGGAGAACAUAGUCACCUUCUGCAGAGAGAACGCCGUGAACUUCGUGGACGACAGUUUCCCACCGGGACCUCGAUCCGUGGGAUUCCCCGAGGGCGACAGCGUCCAGCAGCGUAUCAAAAAGUGGCUCCGCCCACACGAGAUCAACUGCAGCAACUUCAAAGACCGAGGCGUCAAGUGGUCCGUCUUCCGCACGCCACGGCCCUCCGACAUCCUGCAAGGCCUGCUCGGAAACUGCUGGUUCCUGAGUGCGCUGGCGGUGCUGGCGGAGCGUCCGGAGCUGGUGGAGAGGGUGAUGAUCACCAGGACAAUCUGCACAGAGGGCGCCUACCAGGUUCGGUUAUGUAAAGACGGCACGUGGACGACGGUGCUGGUGGACGACAUGCUGCCCUGCGACGACUACGGCUACCUCCUCUUCUCCCAGGCCCAGAGGAAGCAGCUAUGGGUGGCGUUGAUCGAGAAGGCCCUGGCCAAACUCCACGGCUCCUACUUUGCCCUGCAGGCAGGGCGCGCCAUCGAGGGCCUGGCCACGCUGACGGGGGCCCCCUGUGACUCCCUGAUGCUACAGGUCAGCUCCACCAACCCUCGGGAGGAACCCAUCGACACAGAUCUCAUCUGGGCCAAGAUGCUCAGCUCCAAGGAGGCUGGGUUUCUGAUGGGUGCAUCUUGUGGAGGAGGCAACAUGAAGGUCGACGACGUGGUCUAUGAGUCUCUGGGUCUGCGGCCCCGACACGCCUAUUCCAUCCUGGACGUACGAGAUGUCCAGGGUUAUAGGUUGUUGCGGCUGCGUAACCCGUGGGGUCGCUUCUCCUGGAACGGCAGCUGGUCGGACGAGUGGACAGACUGGCCGCAGCACCUGCGCCACGACCUGAUGGCUCACGGCAGCAGCGAGGGUGUCUUCUGGAUGGAGUACAGCGACUUCAUAAAGUACUUUGACUCAGUGGACAUCUGUAAGAUCCACUCAGACUGGCAGGAGGUGAGGCUACAGGGCUGCUUUCCCAGCAAGGCCAGCGGGCCGGUCACCGUCACGGCCCUCACUGUGCUGGAGAGGACGGCACUGGAGUUCGCUCUCUUCCAGGAGGGGAGCCGGCGCUCAGACACCGCCGACAGCCACCUGCUGGACCUGUGCAUCAUGGUGUUUCGUGCCUCCUUCGGCAGCGGAAACAAGCUGACUCUGGGCCGCCUGCUGGCCCACAGCAAGCGGGCGGUGAAGAAGUUUGUUGGCUGCGAUGUGAUGCUGGAGCCGGGGGAGUAUGCUGUUGUCUGCUGCGCCUUCAACCACUGGCAGAUGAAUGUCAGCGGGACGGGAGGUCCGCCCACGCCCAUCUCCAGUCCUACCAGCGGGGCAGCGCGGCGGCCCAGCCAAGACUUCCCCGGCUACAUCCUCGCCAUCUACAGCUCUAGACAGGUGAUGGUGGAGCAGGUGGAGGCGACGGCCACCACGCUGGCCGAUGCCAUCAUCCUGCUCACGGAAAACAAAGGCGAGAGACACGAGGGCCGCGAGGGCAUGACAUGCUACUACCUGACCCACGGCUGGGCGGGGCUCAUCGUGGUGGUGGAGAACCGCCACCCCAAAUACUACCUCCACGUCUCCUGUGACUGCACCGACAGCUUCAAUGUGGUGUCCACACGCGGCAGCCUCAAGACAAUAGACAGUGUACCACCUUUGCACAGGCAGGUGCUGGUGGUGCUUUCACAGCUGGAAGGAAACGCCGGCUUCUCCAUCACCCACCGCUUGGCUCACCGUAAGGCAGCCCAGGCCUCCCUGGGAGACUGGACCCCCACCAAGGCCACCCACAGCCCCCUGCUCACUCCGGACAUUGAUGGCCUGCACCGGCCCCGGCCACUAUGACCACCGCCCACUAUCUCACACAUACACGCUGACUAUUAUCCAAUGAACUGUCAGAGCACUGGAGAAAACCAGGCGAGGAAGGGCGAGUGUUGUGUGCAGCCCUAAAACGUGGAGAACACACGCACCUGAAUGUAAAGCAUAAACGUGCAGCAUUGAUCUGCUGUCCUCCAAAUUCUCAAUAAAUGCUUUCAUCCGGUCGACACGCACUCUCUCCCUUGCCAAAUGGAUGUGCCAUGUCAGGAGGAAAUGAGGGAACAGGUCACAUGGAGUCCCAAAAACAAUUCUUCAGCCAGGCACCUAACAACAGGAUCCAGCUCCGACUACUUAAAAUUCUGGAUGUUUUUGGAAUGAGCGCUGUACGAGGGAUCAUCCCUGAGUUACGUACGCUUGGAGACGACCCUGCUUCCUUCCCAGAAGUCAGGGUGGAGUGCCGUAACUACUGAGCCAUUUUCCGGCCCACAAACUUUGAGCCAAUCACCCGCAGCGAUCAGACACUUGUGCCGUCCGCAAGGACAGCUAACCGAGCAGGAGACUUCAGGGGGAGUUUAUCUCGCCUCGCCCUCGGUACGGUACUUAAUGAGCCAAAACCCAUAUUCCACUUUUACUCAUGGUCAUACAUGUUUGUUUUUUUUACUCGAGACGAUACACGUCGGUCUUACUUGUUUUUGUACACGGUCCAUGUUAACGUCUCGUCCCUUUUUUUGGUGUUUUUUUUCUGAGGCCGCAGAAAAGCUAUCUUUCACACAGCGCUGUCUGUCCCCACUCUCCAUCAUCUCUGCAGGGCUGUCUGCUCUCUCUCUCUCUCUCUCUCUCUCUAGCUCAGGACCAAACCCGUGAUUUGUAGAGUAAGUUGUAGUCGAGCAAAACCUCAAGCUGAUGUGGCAGGUGUACGGUGCCCAGAUAGCUCAAACGUCGACACUCACCAGCCAAGCCGUGCUGGAGAGAGGUUUUAACUUGUGAAAUACUGACACAUAAUAGAAUUCCCGUCCUCGUGGUUCAAUGGACUAACAUACAUUUUGGCCUUUUUUUCCCCUUCAGAGAAACAAACCACUGUAGCUCCUCUUUUCCUGUCUCUCGCAUACUUUAAUUCAUUUUCACUCGGCCUCAGUUUGGGGUCGAAACGCUGGAGGCGAGUCAUUACAUGACCAGCUUUGUAGUUUACCCCUCGGGCACCCUGGCUUUUCUCAUCCAGAUCGGCAGUCAGUUUAUAUCUUCACACAUAAAUUCUCACUCUCCUCUCUCGACAUACAGACUGAAUUAAUGCUGCUUUUUGCACUCUCGGAAAGUUGUGUCGGAUCUUUUCCGUGGUACCGAAGGUCAGCGAGUAUUUGUCUAUUUCUCACACUUUGCCAGUGUUUUGAUUUACACACUUCAGUGUGCUUAGGGAGUACCGGAGGAGCCAGUGGCUGUUUGAACAGUCAGUCUGCCAUUGGGGGAGCUCUUGCGACGAGCUGCCGAGUUUACUUUGGGAGGUCAGGGACCGUUGUUGUUUGCUUGGGUGCAGCGCGAGCAUCUGGCCCUCCCCCCUCCCACAAGACGACACCGACCGCACAUUAGCGACAGCGCGCAGCACUCGUGUAACAACAAAUUAUCAUUUUGUCAGUCUGCCUGCACACGUAACAGGAGAGUAAAGGGACCCCUGAGACACGGAAGGUAGUUAUGUUUCAUCUGCGUGGUCUCAAAGGAUGAGUUGCCUACAGCUGUUUUAACGUAGGUCCACCUUUUAAGGCCCAGCCCGCUUUUUCGUUCCAAUUCCUCCCAGUGUCAAAGCCAUUACUCCAAUUCACUUAGGAUCUCUCAGUCCUCGCCAUGGCAACAUAAAUGUUUUAUCAGAGAGAGGGGGGAAGAGGGACGUGGUACUGUAGUAAGAGCGUGGCGUGGGAGACGUUAUUUCAAGUCAAAGUUGAUGUAUUGUGGUGUGAAAUAGAGGGUAAAACUUGAAAGCUGAUAAGCAAAAUUCGCUGGCGCAUUCACACAACGAUUGAUCGUGCGCUUGCUGAUCUUUUUCGUGUCAAGUUCAGUUUUGAGUUUAAACAUCAAAGUUCCCACGUGAGAUGAUUCAGUCGAAGACUUGCGCUCAGCCGCCUUUUGAGUUGAGAAAGUGCCGUCACGUGCACAAUCUCAUGAGCAUUUGGUGGGUAGCGUUGGCGGUAAGGCGGCAGCACGCCGUCCCCCACCGGUCGGCCGGCUGCACUUCACCACAUCUCCAGGGCAACUCGCAAGAAUAAGAAAACUGCUCCAGCUGUGUAAUGUGUCUUGAAACCUGAAGCUGAGGUAGCUGUAAAUAUGUUUUCCAAAGAAACAUAAUAUGUAAUGAUGUCUGUCCCGCCCUGUGUGAGCGUGCAUGAUCACAGGGAAGCAGCUGUGACCUUUUUAAUUUAUUUGUAUAAGUGAUUUGCAGGCCUGUUGUCAAAUGAAUAUUGCUGAAUACUGGACUGAUGUAUGACAGAUAAAGGAAUGUGAUAACGCGUUGGCUUUAUUUUGAGCCCAGAGGGAUUAAUUAGCUUGACAAGAAAUGAACCUGCACUGAAUCACCUGCAAUGACGAGGCACCUCAAAAUCCAAUGUCACCGCUGGAUCACUUUACAAUUACAUGAGAUUGUUGUUGUUUUUUUUGCUUUUUGUUUUAUACUAUGUGUCAUUUUGGCUCUUGCUGGUGUCCUUCCUCUUCUGUGAAGUUGUGGCGGUGACUCUUCUGUGCGUGGGGGGCGCCCCCUGCUGCUGGAAAGGGAACAGCCAGAGAACACAGCGCCUUUCCUCUCCUCCUUUCCCUCCUUGUAAAUUGUACAGAAUGCAAACUAAAGCCACGGAUGAGAUAGAAAAUGGGGGAAAACAUUGACUGGCCCCCUUUUUAAAAUUGUAAAAAUAAAAAAUAAACCUUGAAAGUAUGAUAGAAACAAAACAAUGAAACCUAAUGCUGAAAAAAAUGGAAUUCUGAUGAAUGUGAUAUAUAUUUUAUUGAUCUUUUCUGGGAUGGGAAUAUGAGUAUAUGUGUACAAACAUAUGUAUGUUUAAUUUUCAAUCUCAGGUUCCGAUGGACCAAAUAAAUUUUUUUAAAUUAA